ACUGAGAGCACAACUGUUAGUACAGCUGAAACAACUACACCAGCCACAACAACUGAGAGCACAACUGUUAGUACAGCUGAAACAACUACACCAGUCACAACAACUGAGACAACAACUGUUAGUACAGCUGAAACAACUACACCAGCCACAACAACUGAGAGCACAACUGUUAGUACAGCUGAAACAACUACACCAGCCACAACAACUGAGAGCACAACUGUUAGUACAGCUGAAACAACUACACCAGCCACGACAACUGAGAGCACAACUGUUAGUACAGCUGAAACAACUAAACCAGCCACAACAACUGAGAGCACAACUGUUAGUACAGCUGAAACAACUACACCAGCCACAACAACUGAGAGCACAACUGUUAGUACAACUGAAACAACUACACCAGCCACAACAACUGAGAGCACAACUGUUAGUACAGCUGAAACAACUACACCAGCCACAACAACUGAGAGCACAACUGUUAGUACAACUGAAACAACUACACCAGCCACAACAACUGAGAGCACAACUGUUAGUACAGCUGAAACAACUACACCAGCCACAACAACUGAGAGCACAACUGUUAGUACAGCUGAAACAACUACACCAGCCACAACAACUGAGAGCACAACUGUUAGUACAGCUGAAACAACUACACCAAUCACAACAACUGAGACAACAACUAGCACAACUGAAACAACUACACCAGCCACAACAACUGAGAGCACAACUGUUAGUACAGCUGAAACAACUACACCAGCUAGAACAACUGAGAGCACAACUGUUAGUACAGCUGAAACAACUACACCAGCCACAACAACUGAGAGCACAACUGUUAGUACAGCUGAAACAACUACACCAGCCACUACAACUGAGAGCACAACUGUUAGUACAACAGAAACAGCUACACCAGUCACAACAACUGAGACAACAACUGUUAGUACAGCUGAAACAAGUACACCAGCCGCAACAACUGAGAGCACAACUGUUAGUACAACAGAAACAGCUACACCAGUCACAACAACUGAGAGCACAACUCUUCAAGCUAUCUACACGAAAUACAACUCCUUCCUAAGAGUCACCGUCAAAGAAUUCAGUACAACUGAGACAACUAAACCAGUCACAACAACUGAGAGCACAACUGUUAGUACAACAGAGACAACUACACCAGCCACAACAACUGAGAGCACAACUGUUAGUACAACAGAGACAACUACACCAGCAACUACAACUGAGAGCACAACUGUUAGUACAACUGAAACAACUACACCAGCCACAACAACUGAGAGCACAACUGUUAGUACAGCUGAAACAACUACACCAGCCACAACAACUGAGAGCACAACUGUUAGUACAACAGACACAACUACACCAGCCACAACAACUGAGAGCACAACUGUUAGUACAACAGAGACAACUACACCAGCCACUACAACUGAGAGCACAACUGUUAGUACAGCUGAAACAACUACACCAGCCACAACAACUGAGAGCACAACUGUUAGUACAACUGAGACAACUAAACCAGUCACAACAACUGAGAGCACAACUGUUAGUACAACAGAGACAACUACACCAGCCACAACUGAGAGCACAACUGUUAGUACAACAGAGACAACUACACCAGCAACUACAACUGAGAGCACAACUGUUAGUACAGCUGAAACAACUACACCAGCCACAACAACUGAGAGCACAACUGUUAGUACAACAGACACAACUACACCAGCCACAACAACUGAGAGCACAACUGUUAGUACAACAGAGACAACUACACCAGCCACUACAACUGAGAGCACAACUGUUAGUACAGCUGAAACAACUACACCAGCCACUACAACUGAGAGCACAACUGUUAGUACAACUGAGACAACUACACCAGACACAACAACUGAGAGCACAACUGUUAGUACAACAGAGACAACUAAACCAGUCACAACAACUGAGAGCACAACUGUUAGUACAACUGAAACAACUACACCAGCCACAACAACUGAGAGCACAACUGUUAGUACAACUGAGACAACUAAACCAGUCACAACAACUGAGAGCACAACUGUUAGUACAACAGAGACAACUACACCAGCCACUACAACUGAGAGCACAACUGUUAGUACAACAGAGACAACUACACCAGCCACUACAACUGAGAGCACAACUGUUAGUACAACAGAGACAACUAAACCAGUCACAACAACUGAGAGCACAACUGUUAGUACAACAGAGACAACUACACCAGCCACUACAACUGAGAGCACAACUGUUAGUACAACAGAGACAACUAAACCAGUCACAACAACUGAGAGCACAACUGUUAGUACAACUGAAACAACUACACCAGCCACAACAACUGAGAGCACAACUGUUAGUACAACUGAGACAACUAAACCAGUCACAACAACUGAGAGCACAACUGUUAGUACAACAGAGACAACUACACCAGCCACUACAACUGAGAGCACAACUGUUAGUACAACAGAGACAACUACACCAGCCACUACAACUGAGAGCACAACUGUUAGUACAACAGAGACA